ACAGUUUCACCAUAAUAACAGUCGUCAACACUUCGCCGGUGUGGACAGUUGCAGAAAUAAUAGCUACUCUUCUUAUUUGUGGAUAGCAUUUAGUUGCUUAUAUUCACACCGCAACAUAGUUAAUUUCAUUACAUAUUAUCGAUAGUAUAGCGGGCAUCACUACGAGUAUAAUAUCAGGGUAAUCAGAAUGAUGCACAUUUGUAACGAUUUACGUGAAGAUUAGUGGACGCGUAAUUCGAUUGUCUGAUUAACUGACGGAUAGUCAAUUAAUACAUGCAUGUUGCAUACGGUACAUGUCUCCUUAUAAUCUACAGCGCACAAGUGAAUCCCUCGUAUGAUAUUUUUCCAGCAGCCAGCAGCCACCAACACAAUACGUCACAGAUCAUACGUCGCCCGCUUAGCAGCAGCCGUUGGCCUUAUCAAUGAGAUAGAGUAUGGCGGCGCAGUAGCUAAAGACAUUCAAUUGUUAAAUGUGAUCGCUUUUGUUAUUGUUUAUACAUACAUACUGUAUAUACAUAUGUAAAAAUAUAUACGUAUGUGUUUAAUUAGAGCGAUCGUGUGAUUUUGCUAUCAAAAAAGAACAAAAAUAAUAAAAGUAAUUAAACACAACACUAUUGUGACAUAUGUGUUCGCAUUUACUUACAUAUGUGAAAUAUUAUAAAGCAUUAAUAUAUAUAGCAUUAAAACAUAGAAACGAGUACUACUAAAAACAAAAACGUAAUUAGUUAACCAAAAUGUUAGCUUCAUUGCUGAACUUUGUGCAAGGUGCUGUGGAGAUGUCUACCAUCGGUUGUGUUGAGUUGGCAUCAGUGGUUCUCAUCGUUUACUAUAUCUACGCAAAAACAAGAACGCUGGAAAUCUUAACCAAUCUAUUUCCUCAUUUGAAAUUGAAUAUCAAUUAUCGGCCAACAAUUGUAAAGUUCAACACCAUGGGCAAUGAAAUGUUAACAACACUGCGUAGAAAUGUUCAACCGGAAACAAAACAGGCCAAUGCGCUCACACAUGCACAAGGCACAAACAAUAUGUUGCAGUUAACACCUCAUGCCGGUAAAAAGCCAUACCAAUCAAUGUUUGACUGGGGUGUUUACUUCCCGUUUCUAGCGCAAUGUUUGCGCAUAAAACGUUUUGAAUAUCCACAGGUAUCUGGUCCUACACAAGAAGAUCUAAUGAUACAACGUGCUAUCAAGCAAGCUGCAGAACAAAUCGUACGUGAACAGAGAAUUGAAUCACACAAAACAUGUAAUUUAAUUGGUGAUACAUCAAACGACACAGAAGAGUCAAAGAAGUACCAAGACAUUUUGUCAAAUCAAGAACGACGUGCUAAUAAUAUUUUAAUGAAUAUGCGUUCCACGCUGAACCACUACUUAAUAAUGCUUACUUCCUGGUUAUUGUACAAGCUUUUACCAUGCUUUUUAUCUGGAGUAGUAACGCACACAAGACAAAUAGAAACAUUAAAAAAAGCUUCAGAACGUGCACCUGGUAUUCCUUUAAUAUUUUUACCAUUGCAUCGAAGCCAUCUCGACUACAUAAUGGUUACUUUUAUUUUGACCAAUAAUGACAUUCGCAGUCCAUUAGUAGCUGCAGGCGACAAUUUACAAAUUCCCGUAUUCGGCGGACUUCUACGUGGCCUUGGAGCUUUCUUCAUUAAGCGAAAAAUCGAUCCUGUAGUUGGAAAAAAAGACAUUCUUUACAGAGCUAUUCUUCAGCAAUACAUUCAACAUGCGCUAAAAAUGUCCCAUAAUGUUGAAUUUUUUAUUGAAGGCGGACGCACCCGCACCGGCAAGCCCUGUAUGCCAAAAGGUGGUAUUUUAUCAGUAAUUGUAAAUGCCUUUAUGGACCAUAGCAUCCCAGAUGCCUUACUAGUUCCGGUUUCGGUUAAUUAUGAGCGUCUAGUUGAUGGAAAUUUUGUAUGUGAACAAAAAGGUGAGAAAAAGGUACCGGAGUCAUUCUGGAAAGCUAUGGCAGGAAUUUGGAAGACUUUGCACUCAAAGUACGGUCUUAUGCGCAUCGAUUUUAACGAACCAUACUCCAUAAAAGAACUCGUCCAAUCAUAUAACAAAGUUGCCACAGAUGAUAGCCAUUUCAAAGUAUACAAGCCUUCCGAAAGGAAACUACAGCACAACCAAUCAACCUCAUCUUUAUAUGGCACUGACGUGGUAUGCGAAGAACAUCGCACACUUAUAGAUAGCAUUUCAAGAGAAGUUGUAUAUGAUUGCGCUACCGCCACAUCUGUAAUGUCUACAAACGCGCUGGCAUUUCUAAUGUUGACUCAGUUUCGCAAAGGCGCACUAGCCACUGAUAUCGCGUUGGCACUAGAUUCACUUCGUAAUCGGAUAAAAGGGCGCAAAGAUAUGGCAUUCGCGGGAGAUUCUUUACAUAUUGUCAAUUAUUCUGCAGAUUUAUUAGGCGAAGGUUUAAUAACGCGUACUAAGGAUGAAUGCGGACAGACUCACUUACAACCUGUGCAAAGUAUUGAGGCGUCAAUUGAGUUAUCCUACUAUUCAAAUACGCUUACACCACAUUUUGCUUUGCAAUCCGUAUUAAUGAUAACCUUCCACGAAUUGUUGUCAUUAAAAGGAAAGUCCAAUAAAACGGAUACCGAAACGGAAAAUAUACCAGGAAUUUCGAGAAAAAAUCUCGUUGAUGCAGCUUUAGCAAACUGUGAUGUACUACGAUACGAAUUUAUUUUACACAAGCCAACCCAGAUAUUAAGUAACCUUUUGGAAAUUAAUUUGGAUGAACUAAUAGUCAACGAUCUUAUAAAGUUACCAGAGGUUAGAGAAGAACCUGAUAGCAACGCCGAAAGCCGUAAAAUUGCCCGUAGUAUUGCGGCAUACUUAGAGGAUGCAGAUGACUCUGAAUAUAUCGAUUAUGUGCCGGAUGGGGAUAAUCAAGAUGAACAGCCCGAUAUAUUUUUGGCAAAUGACACACUGACUGAACAGAAAGCGCUUUGUGAAGUUUUAGCGCCGGUUAGUCAUACAUAUCUCUCCGUAGCUCAAUCACUUAGUAUUCUGUAUAAAAAUUCAAUGCUCGAAACUGAAUUCAUCAAGUUCGUUAUUAACAGCAUAUCAAAUAAGGUGAAUAGUGGAGCUUGUCCAUAUGCUGAAAGCGUAUCCACAGACUCUGUGCGAAAUUGCUUGAAACUGCUAGAAAAAUGGUCAGUGUUAGAAAUUUCGAAUGAUCAUGGUUUGCGCCUGUUAACGCUUGGAACGCUUUAUGAAACAUCGAAAGAAUCUGUAAAGACUAUUAUUGGAAGAAUAGCCAAAAUAGUUCCGCCAAAAGCCGGUUACCUGCAUCCUUCAGCAUAAAACAACAACGUAUUGCCAAAUAUAAUGGAGUUUAUUCCCCAAUUGAAAAAACCCCGUCGUCCAUCGAUUUCUCAUACUUGUUGGAACAUUUUAAAUCCAAAAGAAUAACAAAAGCAAUGAAUUUAUCGACUGAGUAACUUAGCUUAAAAAGUGAAAAUCAUUUAACUAUUUGAAAUAGUUUAAAUUAUCAUAACGAUAUUAUCGUUAAAAGAACCACACUGUCAGGUGGACAUUUCAUUCAUUUACAUGUAUAUUAAAAGUAGAGGAAACGAUAUUAAGCUUUAGUUCCGAUAUAUAAAGGGACUACGCAUAAAUGUAGACUUUGUGACAUAACUCAUUUUUUUUUUUUUUGUAAUAAAAUUACUUUAGACUAAGAUCUUGUAAAAAAAAAGU